AUGCGAUCGAAGUUGGCCGGCGUGUCGAUGGCGAUGGAAGACAUGAAGAAGUCCCUGGAUAGGGAGAAUGCGUUGAGAGUUAGUGCCGAGAAUGAACUCAAAGAUCUCAAAAUGUCCUUGGUCAAAAAUAAACUGAGCAAACAGCUUGAGACUCUGGCCAUUCAGAAUGCUUUGCAAGAGAAACACAUGCUUCAGAUGGAGCUGCAACUUCAGAGACUCGACAAGUCGGUCGAUGGUCGGUCUGAAAAUGAUUCAAAAGAAGACAUCGCGGAGAACAUUCCUGAAGAUCCGAUUGUUAACCCCGAGACUUUAGAAAAUCAAAAUUUUAACGCAAAUUGCAGUAAUAUAAUAAUACGAAGCUGCACUAAGAAGGACGAAGGAAAUAAACUAAAUAUAAACAAAAAAGUAGGUUUUGAAUGUUCCGAACUGUUAGAAAAGAACUGUCCAAAAAAUGACCGUCCACAAAAAUCAAAAGCCUCGUCUCUUGAAAGACAUCACUUGAAAAAUAGCGACAUUAAAAAAUGUUUGCAGGAAUUUGAUCCGCUCUACCAUCUAAAUUGA